AGGUGAUACUUGUCCACUGCAGCGACUGCAACAUACUUCUCUCUGGCAACCGGCAGAGUGGGUCUACUACUGGUCUCUACACUGCUAUCUGACUGCCAUGUAUAUAUGUUAUUUAUGAGUCGUGAUUUGUUGAUACAAUCUUUCUUUGACAUCUUAGCGAGACCUCGAGUAUUUUCGCAAGAUUGUUUACCUUUGUGACACUACUAGGUUUUGCGUGAACGGAUCUGUUUAGUACGUGUUAUUGCGAAUUACGGAACGCCAAGAAAAUUUAACUUGGUACUUGUAUUACGAACACAUUCUUAUUUCGUACUCCUUUGCACCGCGCUUUGGCAGCUUAGCGUGGAACUUUAAACAAGCAGAUUCGCUAAAGAUCCGUCACUGUCAGGAAUUUGGUAAGUUUGUGGAUUAUCCUCUGUAAUGUCGGGAGGAGGAGAGCACGAUGUAGGGCGCCGUGUAUCGCCGGCUCGCGGUAGCCCCCUGUUGUCGCCUGAAACGGGGAGUCCUGGCCGCUUGGAUAUUCCCAGCCCACUCAUUACGCGGCGGACGCGUACAGACUCCACUGCUGCUCGUGCCUUUGAGAAUCCAGUGGAGAUUGGCAAAGUCAAAUCCUUCAGUAGAGCUAAAGGGCAUGGUUUCAUUUCUCCUAGUGCUGGAGGAGAUGACAUUUUUGUUCACAUUUCUGAUAUUGAGGGAGAGUACGUGCCUCUGCCAGGGGAUGAAGUGAGGUAUCGGCUGUGCCCUAUCCCUCCUAAGUUGGAGAAAUGUCAGGCUGUUCAUGUUGAGCUGGUGAACCUGACACCAGCUGUGCACUUGCGCUGGGAUUGUCCCUCCAGUGAGGACUGCCAGAGUGGCCCUGAACACUAAUGCCACCAGUACCCUUUCCAGCCUGGGAACUGACUGCCUUAACAGUUGGUGCCCUGUCCUCCCAGUUAUUUUGAUGGAAGCACCCUGCAUUGUGUCAUCAAGUGUGUGGUUUUGUUGCAACUGUUUCAUCUCAUCAUUCAAUUACUGAUUCAAUUCCGAAUGUCACAUUGGUGAAAGAUUGUAUUUAUUCAAUUUAAAUUAUUGUUUAAAACUGCUGGACAAAAAUUAUAAAAUCAUGUAAAAAGUAGUGUACCUGUUUGGGAGAUAUGUUACUUUUAUUUUUAUCAUUUUUUAAAUUAUAUUUUUGUACUAAAGUGAAGAAAAAUUAGUUUGUGAAAUUGAAAGGUUCAAUGGAAAUACUUUGCAGUGAUUUUUAAGCAUCUAAGAGGAAAGAGUUUUUAUUUGGAUUACACUAUUUUUCUCUUGAAAAUUUACAAAAUUCAAUGUUUUUUAAUAGUUUGUGAUGUGCAUAAAUACAAACUAUAAAAAUAUUUGUAAAAAAAAUGCAGUAUUUCUUGAAACACAUUUCUUUUACAAUUUUUGCUAAUAUUUAGACCUUCAUGGUUUUGGAAAAUAGCAGUCAAUUUGUAAAAUAAUUUUCUCAGAUUUCAUUUUGUGAGCAACAUCCAGUUGGUUAAAAAUUUUAAUCAUUUCUCUUUUUAAAAAUAGUUUUGAUAGAUUCAUUUUUAAGUCGUAAGUUCAAUGCAUUUCCAAAUGAAAAUCAUUUGAUACAUUUAAAAGGUGAAUGUUUACUUUUACCUGUUAUUUGUAGGAUUAUUUCCGAUCAAAUUUAGUCUUCCUUUUGAUGAAAACAAUAUAAUAAUGGUAACAAAAUGAUAAAGGGGAGACUCAUUACCAAAUACAUUUGAAAAUAUUCUUGUCUUCCCUACUCAGAUCUGCUUGAAAAUCUAUCAUGCAUUUGCACAAGCAACUUGGCUUAAAUGUAUACUGUGGCUAAAUUGCUCCUUUGUUUGUUACCAUUUUUCAUUUAGUUUUAAAGAAUUUUGGGGCAUGGUUUUUAGGUUUAAUGCAAGUAUGUAGAAUAAUCAGACAUAGUCAGUGUUGCAUUUGUUGUUUGACUGAAAUUCAUAAGGAUAUAAAUAAGCAGCUUGAAAAUAAAUACCAAGUUUGAAAAUAGUGAAAUGUCAAUGUAUUUUGUUGGAAAGACUGAUCUAUUGUUUUCUUGUUUUGAUUUAAGUGCUUAAGUAAUUUGUUUGAUCAGUUUCCGAAUGACAAUUGUAAUUUUUGUGCUGAAGCAAGAAUGUGCUAAGCUGAACUGCACCGAUGAAACUGUUAAAAGUGGUUGUAUCUGAUUGGAGUAAGUUUUGUGACCGUAACAGAGGCUGUAAUUGUAGUGAAGUGCCAUGUUAUAUAGAAAGGGGCUGUGCGGUUGCAAGUUGCAACAUUUGGAGCUUAUAGCAUGUCCAAACAUUAUGUUUUUGCCUUAGCUGUGGCCUCUGGUGCUGUAAUGGUUGCCUUUGAGAGCUGGAUGUGUGUGCAGAUUUUUGUGCUAAAUAUUCUGUUAAAAUAUAUGUUUGUAUUCAUAAUGUGUUCUUUGUUUGUUAUUAUUUCUCCCAGUUUUAAAUUAAUUUAAAACCCAUGCUUUAAGAAUAAUUAAUGACAGUGUGUGCGUUAACUGUAUUAAUUUUUAAGAACUAAAGUGUUGCCCCAAAAUGUAUGAAUAAUAUUAGAAAAUUUAAAGUAGAAACUACGAACAUACAAAGAGUAAUUUCAAAUAUAUAUUUGCAAAAUAGUAUU